AUGGCAUCCCGCGUUCUGAACACGUCCCAGGACGGCUUCAACCUCCUCCAGGCCGAGAUCGUUCCUGAAGAGGCAUCUCGUUUCCCCAUAAGGGCGAGCGAGAUUUUUCACUCAACCAGUCACCGUUGUGUGCGGCCACAGUAUGACCCAUUUGACGGCCUCCGGGUGUUAGUGUGUUUCCCAUCGAAGAAGCCAUUGAAGAACGCGCCCAUGCUUCAUUGGCUCCAGGAUCUGCUCAGAGAAACCCUCGGAUCAUCCAAGAAGAUCACUUACGAUCAAUUCUGUUACAAUGUGACAGACACCGGCGUCGGCGAGCAGCCCUUCCACUCCUACCGGCGACAUGGCGGCAAGGUGGGCGCUGUUCAACGUAUCAAGAAAGGUCUGCCCGAGAUCCAGGAUAUGAUCAGUGAUUAUCACGCGGUGUUCUUCAUGUCUGUCGAAAGCGACAUCGAUACGCGCGAUUCCCCCUUCUUCGACAAGGCCAACAUCAUCUUGUUUGAGUACCACUCCCGCUACACUGCCGGGGUGAUGUCUCGUGGCCCGUCCGUCCAGCCUGAGCUCCUUGAAUUGGCAAGUGCAGAGAAGACUUACGGAAAGGUGUUGGCGGAGAAAUUUGGCAUCCCUCCAGACGACUGGCACGCGAUUGUCUGCAAAGACCAGAAGAGAUUGAACAGCCGCACAGCUUUCAUCUCCGACGCCUUGAAUCUUCUGAUCAGUCGGAACCAAAUGGAAAACGUAUUUGCCUUCUGCUUGUAUGCCCGCUGA